AUGUACGCGCCUGGCGGAAAAACGCCCGCGCAUUCCGCCUCCAGCGGGGACCUCUUCGGCGGAAAGACUUCCGCGCAUUCCGCCUCCGGCGGGGAUCUCCGCGGCGGAGUCCUGCCCGCGCCGACCAUCGCCGGGCUUCCGCACGUCCUUGACUCCGCGCGCCUGUCGCACUCCGCGCGCCAUCACACGCGGAGUCGGGUUCCGCGCAGGCCCCGCGGGGGCGGCGGAAGGGCUUCGGCGCGGCAGCUGACGGUGGCUGACGUCAUGCGCGAGCAUCCCGGGUACUGCGUGGGUUCCAUGUCUUCGAAGCGCGCCGUGCUGCCGCGAGAUAAGGUGCUCCACCCGGGAGGGACGUACUACCUCUCUAAGCCGGCUCUUGCGACGCAGAGCGCGCUGGAAGCGCAGAGCGCGGAAGUGCAGAGGGCGGAAGGGAAGGGCGCGGGAAAGGGGAGCGCGGAAGCGGAGAGCGCGGAGGGACAGCGCACGAAGCAGCAGAGCGCGAAGCAGCGGGGCGCGCAAGCAGCUAACGAACCCGCGGGGCGCGGACUUGAAGUAGAAGGAACAACAGCUUCAUCAAGCGCCAUCCCUGCGCGUGACGCGCUGGUGGGGGGAGGGGGAGACGCACAGGCGGAGGAAUAUCCGGGGGGAGCAGAUCACGGCCUGCUGGUUGAUAUCUUGGGGGAUUCCCAGCCUGAAAAACUGCCACAGCGUAAGGACGGUCCCAGGGAGAACCAACAGCAGCAGUCGAACCAACAAGACCUAGACCAGCAGAACACAAACCAACGGAGAGGGAUGCACAUGGUGAAGGGCAUACUCACUCUGGAUAUUGCCAGUGAUGCUUCUGACAACGAUGAUUAUGAUUGUCAUGAUGACGACAAUUUCUAUGGCUUCACCAGCCAUGCUUUUGAAGCUUUUGAAGCUUUUGAAGCAGCAUCCGAUGCUGAAUCCGACGCGGAUUCCUUUGCCACAACCGGGUGCACGGGAGGCUCUGUCCCCUCGGACGCCUUCCUUCAAUCUGCUCUCUUUCCCCCGUCGCUCAGCGGCCAAUCAGAGCAGCCGAGCGUGGUAACCAGCAGUGGCAGCAGCUACAGUGCGGCUGCCAGCCCUGGUUCGUUUUUCUUCCCCAAGUCCCCAUCGGUUUGGACGGACGCGUCUGAUUCGCCGGCUCCGCGGCUACAGCUGAGCUACAGCCUCCCGUACAGUGCGAUCCCUUACAGUGCGAUUCCCUACAGUGCAAUGCCGUUGCAAAAGGGAAGCGUUGUAACGGGUGGAGCUGGUGUGAGGGUGGGCCAGAAGGAGAAGAAUCUGGGGAGUGUAACUGAGGGAGAGGACUUUUGGUUGAGCUACCACUUGCAGGGUGUAAAUCCGCCAAAAGAACAAUCAGCUAAUAAAGGGUAUGAUGGUGUAGAUAUGAAGCUUUUGCAGCAGUGGAGCCAGGGAAUUGUUGAUAAUGAUGAUUCCCCUCCCCCGGGUCCCCUGAGGACUCUGUCGUGGUCGGAAUUGGCUCGGCAGUUGCAGGAGUGUCAGGCGAAUGCUAAUGGCUCGAGGCUGAGUCCUGGCGAUGUGUUGAGAAUGGUGGUGGCGAGACAAGAGCUGAAGGGGAAGUCUGGUCAGUUCGGCAAUCCCAAGGCAGGUGUCUACGAUUCAUACUUCUUUGCGCUGGCUUCUCCCGAUCUCUUGAGGCACAUUCUGUGCUGUUCCCUGACUACUAGCGACGCGCUGAGCAUCUAG